CAAGUAGUAUUGCAAAUCAUUUGUGACGCCGAUCAAAAGAUUAUCGAUUCCUUUUUGGUACUUGCUGAUGACUAUUCGUUCGACGCCUCACCCAUAGGUCAAACAUUGGCAUUAAAUGUACAAACAAUGCCAACAGGCAGUUACCUCAUAGGUGAGCCCAGCGAUAAUGAGGAGCGAAAUUUCAAUUCAGCAUUACAGCCGGCUUUACAUAUUGGCGAACAAGUACUAGACGCAAUGGCGAAACGUUUUAAUGUUUUAUAUGCGUUGGAAGCGCGUAAUAUUCAUGAAGUACGAAAAAUAGUGGACACGGUUUGUGCAUUACAUAAUCUUUGCGUUGAAAUGGAGGAUGACUAUAGCGAGCGCAAACUGAAGGAUAUGCAAUUUAAUUGGGCCAAAGUGAUAGACGAAGGCUCAAAGAAACUAAGAGAUGAACAAGACGAACAGGGCAAACAAAAGCGUAGGGCUCUAAUGGCGCAGGUGUUAAAUUAAAUAUCUUGGGUACAUUUCAAAUUUAAACGGAUUAGCAUUAGGAUCUCAGGUACACACCAAAAAGUAAUUUUAAAUUUAUUUAUUAUACCUUUUAUUCCUUCUAAUUAUUUAAGAAACAAUUCUAGUGUGUAUUUGAUAAUUCUCUGUUGUCGGCAUUUGCUGGCAAACUAAUUUCUUUUUCAUUUGCAGUAAAAGUUUGAUUACAUGUUUAGAGCUACAAAUAUGAUUACUUUAAAUUAGAAUUCAUUAAUAUGUGUAGAUUUAUUAAUACAGUAAAUGUAUAUAUGUAUAAUAUAUUUUCAUAUUACUUUUAGUUGUGGUUUUUAUAUCAGAAUUAUUUGUCCGUUCGGCUGCACAAAAGAGUAUGCAAAAAUUUGUCUUAUAAAAUAAUUAAAUAAGUAACACGCUAAUAAGGUACAUUAUCGAAAUACAUAUAUUAAACCUUGUGUUAAAUAAAACUGACUAUAUAUGCGGGCAGGUUCUGCAAUUCACUUCCGAGUGAAUUUAAACCCCUGCCAAUUUGAAUUCAAAGCGAACUUGAAUCAAUUUCACUCGGAAGUGAAUUGCAGAACCACCUGCCUGAUAAAAUAGAUAAAUAUGUAGUAUAUAGAGAGAUGUUUUACAUGUUUUCGAGAUUCAAGUUACACCAAUUUCAGAUAACAUAAUCAUCCCUAUUACGAAAUUGGACCAUAACAGACAUGUGUCCGGCAGAUGUCAUUCUCAAGAAUCAUCGUCCACACUUGCUUGUUAUGGCAGUGCGAGUCGGAUGAUAUCCCUGCGGAUGGCUUCCGCAGGACACCGUAAUAGGUAUUAAUACAUUAUGGAGGAUAGUUUUCAGAGAGACUGAAGUACAAUAAGAGUACCUAUAAAAAUGGUUAAUGAGAGAUCGAUUCAAUAAUAGAUCAAAUAAUAUUUUCAAUAAGCGAAAGUUGUAAAAUUAAAUGGAAUGUUUUCGAGACAUUAACGCAGCAUU